UUUUGUUAUUUUAGAAUGACUAGCUUACGGAUUUGCCAGGCCAUGUCCCUGAAUCCCAUAGCCUCUGGUCAGGAUUCUGUUCUGGUUUCCUCACCCAGGACUUGCCUUAUGGGCUGCCAGGAUGUGAAGCCCAAUGAGCUGCGCCGUUUUCCAGUCCACGAUCCAAAUCGCUGCAAGCAGUGGCUACAACACUUUGGAGUCAGCGAUAAUCUAGUGGAGAAGCUCGGCGGUCUGCCAAAGCUGCGCAUCUGCUUCAGGCACUUUAGCCAACGACAGGCGAUGGCCAAAACCCGCAUCAAGAUGACGCCGCUGCGCAAGUCGUCCAAGUCGGUAAUGUCUACCACUAACGGAGGAGGAGGAGAAGUCACGGGAGGGGUCAAUGGAGUGGCCAAAACGGUGGUGGAUGGAACCACUAUAGAACUUGUUAAGACUGCCUCCAGAGAUCAGGCCAAGAAGACCAUUACCUUAUCCUUGCCGCAACGCUCCCACUCCAUUAGCUCAUCAGCUUCCAGUGAUGUGCAGUCCAUCAGUUCCGACUACGAGGUCUCUCUGCCACUGUCCACCCUGGAGGAUUCUCAGAACGGAACAAACCGAUUGGAGAACGGACAGUCCAAAAAGCGUAAACUCUAUUUGAUAACCGAGAAGUCCGAUGAGUCCAACAACCAUGCCCCAGAGACCAAUGGCCAGACCAAGAAACGCAAGAUGUAUGUGGUUGUUGAACAGGAGAAGGAAUCGGAGGCCAAGAAACUAAUGAUUGUGGCCGACAAGUCGCAGGCGAAUCUAACAAAGCACCUGGAGAAACUCCUCCCGGAGAUACUGCAUCGCAUUCAGGACAAGGAACAAAAACCCAUAAAGCCCUCCACACCAGCUGCCAGCAAGCUGACACUAAAUCGUCCUCAUAUCACAUUGCCGCCGAAAAAGAAUCCCACAAACUUUGUUAAGAUAGCGUCGAAUCCAAGUCCUACACCCACAGCGCCCGUUCAGAUGCCACUUCCCAUUGCGAAUGCAAAAAUUGAGAAAAUCGAAAAAGAGGAUGAGGUUCAAAUCAACCCGGAUGAGACUGAAACCAAUAUUAAUCUGUCGCCGGACUUUCGCUUUCUGAUGAAGAUCCUUCCUAAAUUGGAGCAACUUCCGGAACCGCACAAGCAAAACGUCAAACGCUCCAUUCAGAUCUUCAUCGAGAAAAGCUACAGUAUCUAUGGAAAAAAAGAUUAACUGAUUCAGUAUUUAAUAUCCAUUUAAUAUGGUAUAGUUCCCAUAAUAUUCCGAUGACACUGAGAGGAGAGAAGCAUACUUUUUUUGUAAAAGGCAUUUUUUUCAUUUCGUUUUUUAAGACUGAUGCAGAACCAAUUUAGUUUUUAAGCCGAAGCUGAAACAGUUUCCGACUUUUAGACAAGUAAGUUUGCCCCAGAAAUUGAUAUUACCCUGAAGGAUAGUGGGUAUGUUGAAAAAAAGGAGUUAAGCCAUAAAAACCACAGAAUCGUGGAAACAAUAAGAUUGAAAUCUUUUCUAUAUUGAAUAUAUGAAAGUUAUUUUAUAAGCCCAACUACAAAAAUAAAUGUGUUUUAUUUAAA